GACUAGUAAACCUUAACGGCACAAAAAUCAACGACACAUACAAUGUCAUAUGCAUUGAAGGAUAUUCCCUCAAUGGUCUCAAUGGUAUUGACAUCGUCAGGUGUGAAGAGAACGGUCAAUGGAGUGAAGCUCCACAAUGUAUGCAGAUUUCCUGUGGGCUACCGGACAUAUCUACCAACGCAAGAAUAGUCCAUAUCGACGGAACUAGUUAUAACGCGUCCGUAUCAUUCACCUGUGCAGAUGGAUUUUACUUGAAUGGUAGUCAGUCGGCAAAUUGUGACGCACGUGGAACUUGGAGCCACAUUCCGAAAUGCGAAAAGGUCAUAGAUCACUGUGAACUCGCUACCUGUUACCAUGGUUACUGUCAAGCAUACAAAGAAAAUUUUACAUGUGUCUGUAAUUCCGGAUAUGCUGGAUUGCAAUGUGAAAGAGAAAUCGACGAGUGUAAUUCCAGUCCAUGUAUAAAUGGUGUAUGCGUUGAUAAAAUUGAUGGGUACUCCUGUACUUGUGACCUUGGAUACGAAGGGACGGUAUGUGACAUCGAUACAGAUGACUGUCUGUCGGGAUCAUGUGUAUAUGGAAAGUGUGUUGACAGUAUUAACAGCUUCAGCUGCUUAUGUUACCAAGGAUUCAAUGGCUCCUUGUGCGAAACAGAAAUUGACGAAUGUCAGUCUAAGCCUUGCCAUAACGGAACAUGUGUAGAUAGAACAGGAAACUACACUUGUGUCUGUUCACCUGGCUAUACAGGGUUAAACUGUGAAAACGAUAUCGAUGAAUGCAUAUCAAGCCCAUGUCAACAUGGAUCAUGCAUUGACGGCAUUGGAAAAUAUAAAUGUCUAUGUGAGAAUGGAUACACCAGUCCUAACUGCGAUACUGAUAUUGACGAAUGUACAUCUGGUCCUUGUAAGCAUUGCUCCUGUAUUGACCUUAUUGGUGGAGGUUAUAACUGCUCUUGCUAUAGCGGCUUCGUCGGCAAUGACUGUGACAUCGAUAUCAACGAAUGUAGUUCCAGCCCAUGCCUACACGGUAAAUGUAUUGACGGUAUUGACACAUACACGUGCGAUUGUUACAGUGGAUAUAAUGGUACAAACUGCGACAAUGACAUAAACGAAUGCAGUUCAAAUCCCUGCAGAAACGGCACUUGUGCAGAUCUUGUCAACGGAUUUGAGUGUUUCUGUUAUCCUGGCUUCAACGGCACACAAUGCGAGAUUGAUAUUGUCGAAUGCAGUUCCAGCCCGUGUUUGCACGGUAAAUGCAUUGACGGUAUUCACAAAUACACAUGCGAUUGUUACAGUGGAUAUAAUGGUACAAAAUGCGACAAUGACAUUGAUGAAUGCAUGUCGAACCCGUGCACGCACGGAACAUGUAUGGAUGGUGUAGGACAGUACAACUGUACUUGUGAAAGUGGUUUCACAAAUUUCAACUGCGACCAAGACAUUAACGAAUGCAGUUCGAAUCCCUGCAGAAACGGCACUUGUGCAGAUCUUGUCAACGGAUUUGAGUGUUUCUGUUAUCCUGGUUUCAACGGCACACAAUGCGAGAUUGAUAUAGAUGAAUGUAGUUCCAGCCCAUGUUUGCACGGUAAAUGCAUUGACGGUAUUGACACAUACACGUGCAACUGUUACAAUGGAUAUAAUGGUACAAACUGCGACAAUGAUAUCGAUGAAUGCAUGUCAAACCCGUGUACGCACGGAACAUGUAUAGAUGGUGUAGGGAAAUACAACUGUACAUGUGAAAGUGGUUACACUGAUUUCAAUUGCGAACAAGACAUUAACGAAUGCAGUUCGAAUCCCUGCAGAUACGGCACUUGUGCAGAUCUUGUCAACGGAUUUGAGUGUUUCUGUUAUCCUGGUUUCAACGGCACACAAUGCGAGAUUGAUAUAGAUGAAUGCAGUUCCAGCCCAUGUUUGCACGGUAAAUGCAUUGACGGUAUUGAUAAAUACACGUGCAACUGUUACAAUGGAUAUAAUGGUACAAACUGCGACAAUGAUAUCGAUGAAUGCAUGUCAAAUCCAUGUUCACAUGGAACAUGUAGGGAUGGUGUAGGGCAAUACAACUGUACAUGUGAAAGUGGUUAUACAAAUUUCAACUGUGAACAAGACAUCAACGAAUGCAGUUCGAAUCCCUGCAGAUACGGCACCUGUGUAGAUCUUGUAGACGGAUUUGAGUGUUUCUGUUACCCUGGAUUCAGUGGCACACAAUGCGAAAUUGAUAUAGACGAAUGUAGUUCAAGCCCAUGCCUACAUGGCAAAUGCAUUGAUGGUAUUGAUACGUACACGUGUGACUGUAACAUUGGAUAUAACGGUUCUAAAUGUGACAAUGAUAUCGAUGAAUGCCUGUCAAAUCCGUGUAUGCAUGGAACAUGUAUGGAUGGUGUAGGACAGUACAAAUGUAUAUGUGAAAAUGGUUACAGAAAUACCAACUGCGAACAAGAUAUUGACGAAUGCAGCUCGGAUCCAUGUCAGUUUGGCGUAUGCGUAGAUCUACUCGAGGGUUACAACUGUUCUUGUUAUCCUGGUUACGAAGGAAUAGACUGCAAAAUUGAUACAGAUGAAUGUAAAUCAAACCCAUGCCUUCAUGGUAGAUGCAUUGAAAUGAAUUCCAACUACACCUGUGACUGUUACUUUGGAUAUACCGGGCAUAACUGUGAAAACAAUAUUGACGAUUGUAUGUCAAAUCCCUGUGUACACGGUACAUAUCGUGAUGGUGUGGGACAUUACAAUUGUUCUUGCGAAAGCGGCUUUACAAAUAUCAACUGUGAGCAAGAUAUUUACGAAUGUAGCUCGAACCCAUGUAAAUAUGGCACGUGCUUAGAUCUUGUUAACGGUUACAGCUGUUCAUGUUAUCGUGGCUUCAAUGGGUCGCAAUGUGAAUACAAUAUGGACGAGUGCAGUUCUAACCCUUGUCAACACGGUACAUGUGCGGACGGUAUUAAUAUGUUUACAUGCUAUUGUGACUGUGGAUAUACAGGCGUAUUGUGUGAUACCGUUAUGUCUAUUGGCAGCACGUGUUAUUUCACAAUGGACACAUGUAUUUGGCAACAAUCUAAAAGCGACCGAUUUGACUGGACAAGAAAGUCAGGAAGCACACCCUCUACAUCUACUGGGCCAACUGGAGAUUACUCAGGUAACGGUUAUUACAUGUACAUCGAAACGUCAAGCCCAAGGGUACGGGGAGACUAUGCCGAUCUUGUAUCACCUGUUCUUGAAGCCCAAAAGAGUUACUGUAUUCAGCUCUACACGAAUAUGUAUGGAUCAACUAUGGGUUCACUUUCAGUGCUUGUUCAGGAAACAAAUCAAAAUUCGCCAGUUACAAUAGCAAGCUACAGCCAGGCUGAUUCAACACCAAUAUGGAGAAAGCGAAAUGUCAACAUUUCCGCUCGACGAAACCCUUUCAAAAUCAUCAUUAGAGGUAUUAGGGGAACGGAUUAUCAAGGCGAUGCUGCCAUAGAUAACACAGUUAUUAGAUAUGGCACUUGUUAACAAUGAAAUCAAUACUGAAAACGUACCCUAACACUUUUGAGACUUUAUUAAAGGAAUAGAAAGUAGUUUCUUUGCAUGAAUUAAAAAAUAUUUUUGCUUCAGAUUUAAUGUAAUAUACAUGCCAAUUUUUUUCUUACUGUACAAAUUUGAAUGUAGUGGAACCUGUCUAAUCCGAACAUGCUCGGACCAACAAAAUAAUCAAAUUAUAAGCAGCAUGUAGAUUGCUUUGUUGUAAUGUAAAUUUCAUGCUAAUUCAACUAAAUAUCACUUGUAAAUAUUUUUUUCACCACUCCUACAUUCCCAGAAAGGAGAAUAUUUUACUUGUCCGGUUAUUGCAAUGAUCCGAUUUAGUGCCACUUUUAGUGAAUAAAUUUGCUGCUUUAAAUAAACAAAUUGCACAAGAAGUUUU